AUGUUCUUGCUGAGAAGUAGCUCUAACAGCAGCAGGAAGCAACCCAUUGAGGUGGAUGGAAAUGGAAAGGGACCCACCAGCGUCAAGGGGGAGAUCGAACAAGCGGAAGAUGGCCAAGUGAAGAAUUUGUACAAUGAAAAUCCAUUAAGCAAAAUAGAAAGUUACAUGGAUUAUGCGGAGCAACAGACACAAGUUUAUCCAAUCAGCAGAACUACCACCCCACAUCAGAUUAACAUUGGCAGCAUGGAAAGUGUCCAUGAGGAAGAAGGGAUUUUUAACCCUAUUGCGAAAUCAUCAACACUGUUAUCUCAUGAUGAGGAUGAGCUAGCCAAACAUAUAAACGAGAAUGACGAUGAGAAUGAAGAAGGGAUACUGACGAGACAGACCAGAAGUGUCAAUAGUAAUAAGUACCCUCUUAAUGGUGAGCAGAAGGAUGAAGCGGAGAUUAACCUCAAUUCCGGAGUGACAGAAUCCGGUGUAAAUGAAAAGUGGCCGAACUUCCCAAUCGGUAAGGCCCUGCAGAGUAUGUCUUCUCCACAGGAUGGAAUCAUCAACGUGGGGAAUAAUGUUAGCGAGGGCAAUGGUGACAGUCAGGGAGGGGAGCAGUUUGCCCCCAAUUUUGAAAAGGAGCCCGCUCAGGGAAGGCCGAUGGAGGUCCAAGCGGACGAGGCUGAAGAAGACGACGAACUGAGGACGUCACCCCUCAAGCAGAAUGAUAGAGUGGAGGGAGUCAGUGCAAGGUCGUAUGCAGAAGAGCCACGCCUCCAAAACGGAACGUCGCCCGCAUAUGACGAAGGGAAGCCAAACGAUGGUGAGCCCAAUCCGUGCGAGGAGAGUAGAAACGCCUACGAAGGUAGGAAUCAAAUGUGCAAAGAUGAAGAAUCGAAGGAAAGAUUCGAAGAGUCCUUAAUCAAUGACAGCUGCGUGUACAGCAAGGAGGAAGUGAAAUCGCAGAAUUCCAUUUUUAAGGAAGAGCAUGAAAGGGAGAAUAACCUGGAUGAUAAAUUUAACGAUGAAAUGCAAUUUAACAGUGAGAUGCAGUUGAAGAAUGAAAACAGUGAAAGGAACAGCAACGAGCAUUUUAAGAAUUCAUUAAUCAAAGAUAUCUUAAUGCAGAAGGAGAGUUCAAAUGAACCUCCUUCCCCAAUUGACCAGAAUAAGACACUUGCCCUGAUAAAUAACCUCUUUAGCAUUAAAGGGGAAGAGGGGGUGAACACUCAAUUUGACAAAUUAUUUGCAGAGGAGAGCAGACAUGUGGUUAGCAAUGGCUAUGACACUGCGCCCAUUGUGAAUACCUCCACGGGAGGUGCACUCCCCUGCGGAAGCGUGGCUGUAGGAGGGGCCAUCCCGGCACCUGUGCAUGGUGGUGAUGUCAGUGCUGCUGUCCCUGCUCCUGUCGGUGUUGGGAAGAGUGCCUGCCUCAGCCAUAGGGAGACCCUUGUUAAUCACUGCGUCGAGAGUAGCGCCGUGGGAAGCAACAACGCUGGAAGUAACCUCGUCGGGAGUAACCUUUUGGGAAGUACCUCCUUUGGCAACCUCGCUAGCGGAGGAAUCCACGGGGGCUACGCCAUGGCCAGCAAAGAAGCCCUCAGCAAAAGUGAAAGCAUAAGGAAGUCAAAAAUUAUUUGUCUCAGCUACCUACGUAUAUUGAAGCGAUUAACCUCCAUCUGGAGUGAAACGAACAAGUCCUUCGAAUAUCAUUUUGUUAAUAUCCUGAACAAUGUCGAAAUGAAUAACUUGGAUUUGUACCUAUGCUGUUUUUCAAACAUAAAAAUAUCUGCAGCGAAAAGUUUGUUUCUUGAUUCGAUUGCGGAAUGUAUUGACGAGCUGGAGAUAAUAAGGAAGUUAAAAGGCGUGCAGGGCAAGGAGGAGAGUAGCUUGUAUGACAAGAGCACUUCCUUCAGUUCUUCUUCCUCAAGUGGAAAUAAAAAUGGUAAAAAUGAAAUGUUAAAACAGAUCAUCGAUGAAGUAGAGAGUAACUUGUCCAAAGAAAUUGUCGACGAGAUGCAGGACUUGUCCCUCAGGAAUCCCUAUUUCAGCAGCACCUACCAUGGGAACAGCGCUGUGACUAAUGUCAUAUCAACAGUGUCUCCUCAUGUGGCCGAUGGAGAGUCUAGCGUACUGUCCUUGUACGGCUCUGCGCAUAAGAAGGGUGAUGGUAACCACAAAGUCUGUAGCGAUUCUAGUGGCAACGUCGAUUUGAAAAAGGGGAAAGACUUCCUGACCUGCGGAGGUGGGGCGCUCGUUGGAGGGUCACUAGUAGGGGCAACACCGGGAGCUGUCGGAUGUGGUGGUCUCGUCGGAACAACAUUUGCCGGAGAGGGAAGCUUCCCUAGUUACGCAUGCAGCUCUCAUGGCAACCACUUCGCCUGCCCCAGCGCCCUCCCAGUCAAUUGCGCCAAUGGGCACAUGUACAGCAGCUGCAUGGGAAGCGGCACGACAGGGAACAGCACUCAGAGCGGUAAUAGCGGUCAUAACGGACACAGCAAUCAAAGCAAUAACAGCAAGGUGAACCCCCUGAGCAGUAACUACAGCGCGAACAUGAUAGGUUUGGCCGGAAAUAACCCUCUAAGUUAUAGCAACAGCUUCGGUGCCGCCUCCAACUCGUGCAAGAAGAAAUGUAGCUACACGGAUGAAAAUAUUUUGAACAAAUUGAAUGUCAGCAUAGAUUACAAUUCGUAUAACGACUAUAGUAACAACUACAUUCAGGAGGCCGAGAAGGUGGUGGAAAAAUACAAAAAUUUGAGCAAGCUCAAUUCGAAGGAGAGUGAAAACAUGUAUAGUACGUGCAGCCAGUCUACGUUGCACGACGUGGGUAACGCUAAUGUGAAUGCCUAUUUGCAUUUUAAAUCGUUCAUGUCGGAGUAUGCAAAUAUGCACAAGGGCGGCGGUGCAGAGAGGGACAAAUUGAAGGAUGUCGACCUAACCCCCAGUGACUUGAACUUUCUGCGUUAUUUCUACGCGCAUUUAUGCGGAUCCGGCGGAUGGGAGGAUAAAGCACGCAACGAUGUAUACGGUCAUGAGAAGGACGCGAAGGAUACGAAGAGCUUUUACGACAACAAGCUGAAGCUCGAUUCGAGCGUCAACAACGACAUGAACAAAUUUCUACAGGAUUACAAAUUUAGUGACGAGGACAACUUUGACGAGAGAGAGUCCUAUACGAAAUACGGACGAAGGGGAAAUAAAGGAGGCAUCCUAAACGGAUAUGACAAUAAUGGAACAUUCUCAUCGAACAGUUUCCAGAGCCUAAUGAGGAAGAGGAAGUUGAGGGACCAGUCUGCUGCGCACCACCAUCACAAUCAUCACUCUAUGCAGAAACGCAGCGGAGGAGGUUCCGGGGCGAAUGUAAACCGAUUGGCUAAUGCAAAUGGAGGCAUGGUGAGCGGGAUCACCGAUUUGAAUGGAAACUCCGGAAGCGAGGUGAACGCCAACGGAGCCGGUAUGGGGGGCUAUGACUUGAGCUACCUCCUGUGCAACUCGAAUGUGCUGAAGAAGUUGAAGUUUAAUUUGUUGGAGGAUAAGAAGGAUGGCAGUGUUAGCGGUGUUGGCGAUGUCAGCGGCAUUGGCGAUGUUAGCGGCGUGGGGGAUAGCGGACCGCGAGUUAACCUGCCCGGAAGGAGCGGUUGCCUGCUUGGAGUGCUAGACUUCUUGAAGAAGGAUUCCAGCGAUUACUCCGUGGACGAGAAUAGCGGCCCGCACAUGAAUACGAGAAGAAGCUUCGCCAACAAGAAUAACUUCAUGAGUGGCGUGAAAAACUACAAGGACAUUUUGAACAUGUCGCAAGAGAAUUUUGGCAAGAAGGGAGCCAACGGGGGGGUAGCAGGAAGAGCGACGAGAGGAACAACAGCAGCUGAAUCGUCCUCACCGUACAAGAAUGGGAAGGACCGCGAUCGAGAGCGCGACGUUGACAUGCUUCACCACCAUCAUCAUUACCCCCUGCAUCAUCCAUCACUGCCGCAUCACCACAUAAACCCCAGCACAUUGUACGACUUUAUAAUGAACACAAAUAGUGGCUCCAGCGGAUCGUUGGACAUUUCGCUGUACCAUCCACCAAGCCUCCUGAUGAACAGCCCGAACGGGAACAAUAGAAAUGAGAAUAAACUGCACGAGAGGGGAAGCGGGAAUCAGCGUAACGGUAGUGGUAAUAACAAUAAUGGCAAGAUGAAUAUGAAGGGAGCCUACAACAUGAGUGCAAGUGCCACGAGCACCGCGACGUUGAGCGGACUACAGAAGAAGGGCAGCUACGAUUUCAGUGCCGAUUAUAAUUCAAAGAUAAGUGCUAACGAUUCGGAGUUGUCGCUAAGUAAUAAUGGUAAUAGUAGCGAGCUGCUAUUAGGUAGUGGCAAAAUGGAGGGGGGAAUAUCUUCCGGAGCUGAUGGCUUGAGCACUUCUGUCACUCCAGGUGGCGCACCCGGAGGUGUGAGCCCCUACAAACAUAGUAAUAAGAAUGAAAAUGGAAAGACAAUUGGAAUGAAUAAUAUCUCAAAUGGUGGAAGCAAAAAUAUUAAAAGCGUGAAAAGCUCUUCCACCGUCACGCCAGUGGCAUCAACAAAUUAUGGCAUCGGGAAGUUAAAGUAUGAAAUGCCUGCUGGUGUGAAUCCAAAUGAUGACAAAGUGAAAGGAGUCUAUUUUUCUAAAUCUCCUAGAGGUGUUGGCAAAUGGAAUGCCUACUUCCAGAUCGCCAAUAACAAGAGGCUGUUUACCAGUUUCAGUGUGAGCAAGUACGGAUACAAUGAAGCGAGAAAGUUGUCCAUAUUGAAGAGAACAGAGUGGGAAAAAGAAUACAGACACCACACCGAUAUGAAGAACGCAGAUGUGAAGAAGGGGAAGAAAAAGUCGUCCGGUCAUCAGCAGCAAGAGCAUCCACAAGCGCAGCCGCAGGGGCGUCCCCAACAGCAGCAUGGUGUUAACAGCAGCUUGGUCAGAAAUAAUGCUAAAAGUGUGUCAAAGGGGAAUAACAACCAUUCGAUAAAUUCUAACAGCGAUGAGUCCAUAUCGUAUGGGAAGGAAAACAAACUGAAUGAAGAGAGUAGUUUGAUGUACUCCAAUGACGACGAGGAGGUCUGCUUGAUUAGCGACAAACUCGCGGGAGAUAUUUCGAGCGAGCCGAACGAUUUGAGCGAUUUGAACGAUGUGAGCAAUUUGGACAAUUUGCCCGAUGUGAGCAGUUUGCCCGAUUUGCCCGAUUCGCAUAUCUUAACCGGGGGGGGUGGAAAGAAGGUUAACAAGUUAAACCUGUCCAGUGGGAAUAAUGGCAGCAAGGGCGCAGGUUCAGGGUGUGUUUCAACUGCCGGUGUGACGGCUGGCGAUUGCAUCAAGGGGGACGACAACAUAAACUGCUUCAACGAGUGUACGAAGAACGAUAACGACUCGUUGAACUCCGUGGAUCUUCUGGGUUCAAGUUUGAAUGGCGGGGCGGAAGGUGACAGUAAUAAUAAUGCUGAUGGAAGGAGCUCGUCCAGGAAAAGCGCCCUCAACGGUAGUGGCAAACUCCCCUUCAAUUCGCUCGGAGACUCCUAUGGCAGAGGGGCAGAGAACAACAACAAGAAGAAGCAGUCGGUAAACUCCUCCAGGGUUCUGUCCAACUCUAUUGGGUUUCCCAACAAGUACAUCCGCAAUUUGCAAUUUCCUGCGAUCGACUCGCAGACGGUGAGCAACUUUUUGGAGUCCGUCACGGACGACCAGAAAAUUUCAUCCUAA